AGGACAGGCUGCAGUUUCCUGCCAGCUAAGGAUGUGCCUGGCCCCAUAGCCCUGCCCCAGGAGGAGAUGGCUACGGAGAAGCCGGUGACUCCCACUGAGGAGCAGCUGGAGAUCCUGGAGUACAACUUCUGCAAGGUGAACAAGCAUCCUGACCCCACCACGCUGUGCCUCAUCGCAGCCGAGACCGGGCUCUCUGAGGAGCAGACCCUGAAAUGGUUCAAGCAGCGUCUGGCAGAGUGGAGGAAGUCUGAAGGACUGCCCUCAGAAAGCGGGUCUGUCAGGGACUAGAGGAUGCUGCUCCGAUCCCCAUGCCUGCUGUAAAUGAUGGUGAAGCUCUUCAGAGUGGGUUUCCUUGGGAUUCUUCUGUUGCAAUAGGUUUUGAGAUACAAAGUAAUACCCUGCUAUUUAACAUAAUUUUUAUUUAAAGUGUACAUAACCAGGAAAAAAUUAUUAUAUGUAUCUGUGUAUACAGCUUCUGAUGGCUGUAUAGAACCUAGUGCUCCCCAUCCAGUAAGAGCGGCUGCACAGGGCAAAGCAAUCUCAUGCCCUUGGCCCAGACUUGCAGAAAAGCUGCCAUGAAAGGUUCAAAUAUGGAGGGGGGAAAAAGGAUUUCUUUUUUUUGUGACCCCCAGAGGCAAAGUAUGUGUGCUAGCUUUAAUAUACGGAUCAUCCAGAGAGGAGGGCACCUGGAAAACCAGAUGUGCUGUUCAGGUGAUCUUCGUUAGCUCAAGAUGCCCAAGUCAGCUCUGGAUAUUGGCAAACCAAGUGCCUACACCAUGAUCAGACCAAGCCAAGCCCCCCUUGAAUGCAUUUCUCACAUUGCUGUUAAAGGUCACCAAAGGGAAAGAACUGGCCUUUUUUUUUUUCCAAUGCAUUAAUAAAAUACCAA